AUGACAUAUAACGCGAAAAGUCUUGAAUCGGUUCUUUCAAAUCCAAAAAUUGUCGAGAUCAACAGACUAGAUUCUAGAGCUUACUAUUUACCAUGUGACUCAACUUUAAGUCUUAAUGGGAAUUGGGAUUUUAAUUACUCACAGUCUCCCUUGGAGGCACCUUUACCACUCGACAAAAAUGCAGAAUUCCCGAACAAAUUGACUGUUCCAGGUCAUUGGCAGCUUCAAGGACAUGGAAAACCACACUAUACCAAUGUUGUAUUCCCAUUUGCAGUUGAUCCUCCAAAUCCUCCAUCGCAGAACCCAACAGGUACCUACCGUCGGACGUUUGUCGUUCCAGACGAGUGGAAAUCAAAACCAUUCUCAUUCAGGCUUCGGUUCGAAGGUGUUGAUAAUUCCUUCCAUAUAUUUCUUAAUGGAAAGUUAAUUGGUUACAAUGAAGGUAGUAGGAAUGCAUCGGAAUUUGACGUUGCAGAACAUAUUUUAUUGGAUGACGUUAAUGAAAUAUGGGUUAGAGUUUAUCAAUGGUCUUCCUCUUCAUAUAUUGAAGAUCAAGAUCAGUGGUGGUUAAGUGGAAUUUUCAGAGAUGUAUACUUAUUAGGAUUCAACAAAAGAGGAUUCAUUGAGGAUUUUAAUAUUGUGACUGAUUUGGAUAAAGACUACCUUGACUCAAAAUUGACGAUCAAUCUAAAAAUAAGUGCUGCUGCUCUCAAUUACAAAUUGCAGGUAUUAUUGAGGCGUGAAGGUAAUGAAGUAAUCAAUGAGUUUUUCAAUUUAGAAGGGUCUAAUGUUAGUAAGUCAUUUCAAGUGCGAAAUCCGCUUAAGUGGACAGCAGAAUCUCCAAAUCUUUAUAAGCUUGAAUUAUUAGUGUUAGUAAACAAUGAAAUAACUAAUAGGGUAGAACAAGACGUGGGUUUCCGUAAAAUUGAAAUAAAAAAUGGAACACUAAGGGUUAAUGGAAAGUCGAUAUUACUUAGGGGGGUUAAUAGACACGACCAUCAUCCCAUGUUCGGUAGAGCUGUUCCAUUAGAAUAUAUCAAACGAGAUUUGUAUAUCAUGAAGAAACAUAAUAUCAAUGCUAUUCGUACGUCUCAUUAUCCGAAUCAUCCUAAUUUUUAUGAAUUAGCUAACCGUUUGGGAUUUUGGAUUCUUGAUGAAGCAGAUCUUGAAUGUCAUGGGUUCUUUGAAGCAGUCAGAAGGGCCGUAGGCGGCAACGAUGAUGCUGAAUAUGACGAAGAAAAGCUAAGAUUAUUCAAAUUGGCAAACAAAUUUACCUCGGAUAAUAAAGAUUGGGAAACAGCCUAUGUAGAUAGGGCAUAUCAGUUGGUAAAGAGAGAUUUCAACCAGCCUUGUGUAGUUUUAUGGUCACUUGGAAACGAAGCAUUCUAUGGCUGUAACCAUAAAUCAAUGGUUGCAAAAAUCAGGGAACUAGACACUUCACGCCCAAUUCAUUACGAAGGAGACCUCGAAGCAGAAUCUGCAGAUUUGUAUAGCAGAAUGUACCCACUGUUGCAGACUCUUGAAAAAUUUGCAAACCAGUCAGAAAAGCCAUUAAUUCUAUGUGAGUAUGGCCAUGCAAUGGGCAAUAGUCCUGGACUUUUAAGGCAGUAUCAAAAUUAUUUUUACAAAUAUGAUCUGCUCCAAGGGGGGUUUAUAUGGGAAUGGGCUAAUCAUGGCUUGUACGUAAAUAAAAAUGGCAUUGACAUUUAUUGUUACGGAGGAGACUUCGGCGAAUAUCCUCAUGAUGGAGUUUUUAUCAUGGAUGGUCUUUUAGAUUCUCAACACAAUCCAACUCCAGGAUUAAUUGAAUAUGCCAAAGUUAUCGAGCCUAUCGUGAUUAAAAUAGAUAAAACCAAAAUAAAAAUCACGAAUAAGUUUGAUUUUAUUGACUUAGAUGAUUACAUUGCAACAUACCAGGUAAUUAAUUUUUCAGAUUUAGAUAAAAAAUUAAUCAAAUCGGGUGAAUUAAGUUUACCGAAAAUUAGUGCACAAGAAACGAUUGAAUUACCUUUACCAGAAUAUCCACAGACAGUUCUGUGUGGUACAAAUUACCUUGAAGUUCAUUUCAGAACAAGAAAUCAGACCGAGGCAGUUGACUGUGGACAUGUUGUGUCUUGGUCACAGUAUGAACUAGAGAGGUUUCCAAAGAAGCUUGCCCAUCAAACUUAUAAUAAAAAUUUUAUUGAAUUCAUUGAAGACAACCGUACGUUUCAAAUUAAGAGCUCGUAUACAAAUUUUUCUUUUGAUAAGAUAUCUGGUUGCAUUUUAAAUUGGGAAAGCGAUAACAAGAAUUUGAUUACGAAUGGCAUCAACAAUUUAACCUUCUGGAGACCAAGCAUUAAUAACGAUGCACCUGUUGAUGAGCCUUACUGGAGAAAAUUUGGUCUCGACCAUAUGCAAUAUAAUAUUAGAAGCAUCCAAAUCAGUAAGUAUCCUGAUUCGGAAAGGCUUGCUUUAAUCAGAGUCGAAUCUUUAAUUUCACCGCCAAUUUUAUCUUGGGGAUUUAAAACUAUUCAAGAGUAUUCAAUUUUUACGAACGAGAUAAAAAUUUAUACAAAGUUAACUCCUGAAGGGUUUGAGGAUGUAUGUAUUCCGAAAACUAUUCCAAGAUUGGGAUAUGAAUUCGGAAUUAAAGAUGGCUUAGGGGAUUAUGUUAAAUGGUUUGGAAGGGGACCUGGUGAAAGCUAUAGUGACAAGAAAGAGUCACAAAAGAUAGGUGUUUAUAGAUUACCAUUUAAUGAACUUGAUUAUUCAUACGAAUUUCCCCAAGAAAAUGGUAAUCAUGAAGAUACAGAAUGGCUAUUGUUAGAAAAUGAUGAUGAAUCGGGACUUUAUGUUACAAUGGAAGAUAAAAGCUUUGGGUUCAAAGCAUCAGAUGAGUACGAUGUCCAGGAAGCCAAACAUCCUCACGAAGUAAAGCAUGCAUCGAAGUAUGUUAGGAUUGAUUACAAGCAACAUGGAAUCGGUACAGGAGCAUGCGGUCCAAGGGUCUUAGAUGAAUUUGAGUUCAAAAUUUCCAAAGAGUCACCAAUUAUCUUUACUGUUAGUUUAAAAAAAUUGAAGUAG